UGAGGUGAUGCAACCAGAGGAGGGGGCAGAGGAUCAUCCGGCUGCUGCCAACAGAAAGAAGCUGACAUCCGAAACCGAUGCUGCCUGCUGGCGUCUCAAGUUUUGGGAUUAACGAACUGUUAGAGACUACAAAUGGACGUUCGUCGGACUUUUGUUAGUCUCUCUAAGAUGAAAAAUUAGCAGAACCCAAGAUUGAACUGUAAAUGUAUUGGCGUCAGAGAGCUCAGUAUGAAGAAGUCGGUCCGGCCAGCGGUGAGUAAGGUGAGCGGAGAUCGGGGGAAGGCUGAGGCCGCGGCCACUGCUGGCACUGGAAAGCCUGCAGCCAAGACCAGCAGCACAGCACCUCUGUCUAAGGUGAAAAGCAAUGAUGAUCUUUUAGCAGCUAUGGCCGGAGGGAAUCCUGCAUUGAGUAGUGCUGUCACCAAGACCAAGAGGACUGCCUCCAUCGGGACUAAUGCUAACAACCUAGACAGCAAGCCAAAGACAUCAUCAGGUACUUCAUCCAAGCGUACAACAUCUUCGAUUUCCAAGGAAACAAAUUCAUCACGAGACCGUCUUCGGACAUCCAGGACAUCAGCUGCUAAGAAGCAGUCUGUAUCAGGGACUGUAGCUGGGGAUGUGGCCUCAGGGAAGCGCUCUCGCAGCCAGGUCCUGACAGAGUCUGAAGGCCGCAUGAGCAAGUCUAAAUCAGAUGGCCAGAUCAGUGAUAAGGUGGCCUUGGAGGCUAAAGUAAAAGACCUGUUGGGUUUGGCUAAAAGCAAAGAUGUGGAGAUCCUACACCUGCGCAGUGAGCUGAGGGACAUGAGGGCCCAGCUUGGUCUGGGAGGGAAAGAAGCACCGCCACAGGAAGAAGCUGGGGAGGAAGAGAAGCCCCAGGUUUCAGCCAUCACAGCAGCCGAUGUGGAGUCUACCCUGAUUCUCUUACAAGAGCAGAACCAGGCCAUCAGAGAGGAGCUCAACCUACUAAAGAGUGAGAACCGCAUGCUGAAGGACCGGCUUAAUGCGCUGGGCUUCUCUCUGGAGCAGAGGCUGGAUGCCUCUGACAAGCUGUUCAACUAUGCCUCCCUGAGCCCAGACCUGGCAGCGGGCAGUGGGCAGAGUGAUGGUGGAGGAACAGGUACACUGACCUCAUCAGUGGAAGGCUCUGCCCCGGGCUCCUUGGAGGAUCUGCUCACAGGACACCAGCACGGAGGCUCAGCGGACAACCUCGACAGUGAAUCCAGUGAGGUCUACCAGGCUGUCACUUCCAGUGAUGACGCACUGGAUGCCCCCUCUGGAGCCUCCUCAUCAUCUGAGUCGGAAUGUGCGCCCAGCAGGGAGCGCUCACGGAGGGGCAGCAGUGGCAAUGCCAGUGAAGUGUCAGUGGCCUGUCUGACGGAGCGCAUCCACCAGAUGGAGGAGAACCAGCACAGCACUGCUGAGGAGCUCCAGGCCACACUGCAGGAGCUGGCCGACCUGCAGCAAAUCACCCAGGAGCUGAAUGGGGAGAAUGAGCGGCUCGGUGAGGAGAAGGUGAUUCUCAUGGACUCCUUGUGCCAGCAGAGCGACAAGCUGGAGCUCUACGGUCGCCAGAUCGAGUACUUGCGCUCUCUGCUGGAUGAGCAUCAUAUAUCUUACGUGCUAGAGGAGGACAUCAAGAGUGGCCGCUACAUGGAGCUGGAGCAGCGCUACGCAGACCUGGCAGAUAAUGCCCGCUUUGAGAGAGAGCAGCUGCUGGGGGUGCAGCAACACCUGUCCAACACAUUAAAGAUGGCCGAGCAGGACAACGCUGAGGCCCAGGAGAUGAUUGGAGCGCUGAAGGAGAGGAACCACCAGAUGGAGCGCAUCAUGGAAUCAGAGAGACAGGAUCGGAACGCCAUGGCAGCUGCGCUUGAGGAGUACAAGGCAGCAGUGAGCAACGACCAAGCGGAGCUGAGCCGCUGCCGAGCCCAGCUGGACCAGGAGAGGCAGAGGGUGGCCGAGCUGUACUCUCUACACACCGCGGGGGACAAAAAUGACAUCUGCCAGCUGCUGGAAGGUGUACGGCUGGGGAAGGAGGAGGCUGAGGCCAAGGCUGCAAAGAUGCAGGAGGAGCUGGAACAAGCCCACAGUGAGCUCAACAGGCUGCAGGAGACUUUCAGCAAGCUGGACAGGGAAUACAGAGACUUCCAGGAGCAGGUGCAGCAGCAGAUGGCCGAGCAGGAUCGCACACUGGAGAAGCAGCGUGUGGAACUGCAGGAGAAAGAGACAGAGAUCGCAGACAUGAAGGAAACCAUCUUUGAGCUGGAGGACGAGGUGGAGCAGCACCGAGCUCUUAAACUCCAUGACAACCUCAUCAUCACAGACCUGGAGAACUCUGUGAAGAAGCUGCAGGACCAGAAGCAUGACAUGGAGAGAGAGAUCAAGAUUCUUCACCGCAGACUGAGGGAAGAGUCAAUGGAGUGGCGUCAGUUCCAGGCUGAUCUGCAGACAGCUGUUGUCAUUGCUAAUGACAUCAAGUCGGAAGCACAGGAGGAGAUUGGAGACUUGCGGCGCCGACUGCAGGAAGCACAGGAGAAGAACGAGAAGCUGAGCAAAGAGCUGGAUGAGGUCAAGAGCCGCAAGCAGGAGGAGGAGAGAGGCAGAGUGUAUAACUACAUGAAUGCAGUGGAAAGAGACCUGGCUGCUCUCAGACAGGGGAUGGGUCUCAGCCGGCGUUCCUCCACCUCCUCAGAGCCAUCACCCACUGUCAAGACACUCAUUAAGAGCUUUGACAGUGCCUCACAAGGUCCACCUUCCAACGGUGCCUCUGUGGCUCCAACGGCGUCGGCUGCCCCACUUCCACGCACCCCCCUCAGCCCCAGUCCCAUGAAGACACCUCCAGCAGCUGCUGUUUCACCCAUACAGAGACACUCUAUAACCGGGUCUAUGUCAGCAACCAAGCCACUCUCCUCACUGAGUGAUAAGAGGCCCAGCUACACAGACAUCACCAUGCCAGCUGAGCACCUUCUCAGGGGAACCUCGGCUAGCCGACCUCCAUCUGUCCUCCAGAGGGUCUCCAACAUGGACUCCACCAAGGCAAUCUCAGUGUCCCGCAGGAGCAGUGAGGAGAUGAAAAGGGACAUGUCGGCUCCAGACGGGGCAUCCUCAUCCUCCCUGAUGGCUAUGAGUGCAGCCUCCUCUCCACUCUCCCUGUCAUCCUCCUCUCCCACAGCCUCCAUCACCCCCACAGCACGCAGCCGUCUAAGAGAGGAGAGAAAGGACCCAUUGUCAGCGCUGGCCAGAGAGUAUGGAGGCUCCAAGAGAAAUGCUUUGCUAAAGUGGUGCCAGAAGAAGACUGAAGGCUACCAGAACAUUGACAUCACAAACUUCAGCAGCAGUUGGAACGAUGGCCUGGCCUUCUGCGCUGUGCUCCACACAUACCUGCCUGCACACAUCCCUUACCAGGAGCUCACCAGCCAAGAGAAGAGAAGAAAUUUCACCUUAGCAUUCCAGGCUGCAGAGAGCGUGGGCAUCAAAUGCACUUUGGACAUAAAUGAGAUGGUGCACACAGAGAGGCCGGACUGGCAGAGUGUCAUGACUUAUGUCACAGCCAUCUACAAGUACUUUGAGACCUGACUUUACCGUCUCAGCCACCCUGCUCCUGCAGCACAGACGGUGCCAUGCCAGCCCUCCUGAGCUCUCAGCAACCUUUCACCGCCACAGUCAACUGUUAUACCUCACUGACCCCCUCCCCCACGCCACAUCAACACCCAGUCAUGCUGCAUGCCAGUCCUCAGUAUUUUGCAACACUAAAGGCAGACCAGAGCCUCACUGGACACAACAGCUACUCCAUCCUUCCAGUACGUCAUAGGAGGUGGUUUGUUUAGAGUAAUAGUCCAAGGGCUUGUCUGCUAUGUGUACUGUUACACUAGUAAGUCAUUAGAGGUGACUCUAGUGACAGUGUAGUGAACCAAGUGUGAACUGACCAGCAAUGAAAUCCUGAAGAUAAUCUUUGUCUUCGGUUCACAUCUGAAGGAGCAGCAUGGAAAAGAAACCAAGUCUCAGUGCCUUCUACCUGGCUCUUCCACACACAUUGUCCUCCAUACUUAACGCAGUUUCCAGUCUGUUAAAGGGGAGUUCAGGCAAAUCUGCUACUUUGCAAGAGGAGAAGUUUUCAAAAAUAAUCACAGUGUUUAUACUUUUCUUUGCAUGUGAAUAUUUUAUGGAAAACAUGUGCUCCUGCAGAAUAACAAACCAAAAGUUAGCAAUGUUGGAACCCCCCCGCAACCCCUGAAAAUUUCCCAUGAAAGGAAUUCAGACCGAUGCAGCCUUUUUGCACCAAGUCUUCCAGAUGUUACAGUACGAUAUAGAUGCCUCUCUUUCAAUGGAUAAAGUGCCUGUGUGAGUUUUGAUGCAGGAGAGCAGGAGAUGAGCUCUUUCCGUGGGCCAAACCUCCGCAGAGGCAGCGUGGAAGUGUCUUUUCACUACAGUCUGUGAAGCUGAAGAGUAGAAGAGUUGUUGCCAAAUAAUUUCAGAGCCUUUCAGUCACUGAUUUCUGGCUUUUUGGUCAUCAGGACAGAGUGAUGCUGCAGACAGCUACUACGUCAGCAUCCGAUCAUGAGUGACUGAUUUUUAAGCACAGAAAUAUGCUACAUUCUACAACACUGCUAUACACAUUUUGUUAAGCAGCCCUAACGCACUCUGGUGGUUUUUCACUAAUAGAUUCAUGAAGGUGGGCUAAUAGUCAUUUGAUGUGUAUGGAGUUCUGAACGCUAAUCUUACAGCUGUAUGAUGUGAGUGUUUGCAUUUUGUAGGCCUGCAUUUGACAUCUUGCACUUAGACUUCUUUAGGCACAUACAGCACAGCAUCAGUUCAUCAUAACCAAAAUAUGUGUGAGUAGAAUAUAGUUUUUUUUUUUCUUCCUAAAAUGUAUUUUGAUUGACAAGAUAAGUUCUCUUUAGAUCAGAGCCUUACCAAGAGACAUGUUUGUGUUGGGAAAAUGUGCUCUAGUUUUUGGAAGCCAGCACAAACAGAUUGAUAGGUGAAGACUCAUAUUUUAGGUCAAUGCAGCAUCUCAUUAAAGUUAUAGCUCAGUUUAUUGGGAAAUAAAGUUAGUCAUUUUGUUGCAGAGAGUUAGAUGAGGAGACCGAUACAACCUUAAUGUCGGUAAAGUUCAUAUGAAGCUAGAGCCGGCAGCUGCUAGCCUGGCUCCCUCCAAAUGUAACAAUAUCUGCCUGCCAGCACCUCUAAAGCUCACUAAUGACCUCAUUAUAACAAGAAAUGGACGUGUAACAGUGACACGUUGCAGUUUAACAGGUGGUCACGUGCUGGACUUUUUUUUGACCUGAAGUAGUGACUUCCUUGAGUCUUUGAUUUUAGUUUGAUUUUGGUCUUUUUUUUUUUAGCCUCAGAGGUGCAGUUAGACUAGCUGUUUCUAGUUUUAAUGCUAAGCUAAGCUAACCAGCUGCAGUAUCAUGUUUGACAAAGUGGUGACAGUGACAGUGGUAUCGAUUUUCUCAUCUAACUCAUGGCAAGACAGCACAUAAUCCUGUUUCCCAAAAUGAAUUCUCCAAUCAGAACAAAUUCUCUAAUCACUCCAGUUCUCCAAGUGACUGGAGAAUUCAUUGUGCCAUUGACUAACUUUGCGUGUUAAAGUUUUUGAAAUUCUUAAUACGACUAUCACUAUAGAGAGACUUCAUAGCACACAGUGUCAUUUAAUUUGUCUGAUGUCAGUCAGCAGCGUUACUGUAAUGCUGCUCACUGCUGUGAGUUAAUUGUGCCUCAACAUACCAAGUUCACUGUAUUUAUUUGCAUGGUUUGCAGUCAUCGUAGUGAGGUCAUUGCUUUAUUUGUGUGUCUGAAGUGUAUAUAACUUUAUUACACAGACAGUAGGUAGCUGCACUGAGAUAAGCUUUUUGUAUUCCACACUAAAUUCCUGCCUUAACAGUUAAGCCGAAGCUUCUGCGAGUGAAACUGUGACAUUUUGAACCGUGGUCACCGUUCCUCACCAGACCAUGUGUGACAGUGCGGAAACUGUUUCUGGAAAAAGCUCCUUCUUGUUUGUGCCUCUUGAGGAACACGAAUAGUGAAUGAUGGUCGUAAACUAUUUCAGGAAGUUGGGUGGAUUCCCUCAUGCGUCUGGUGAAGGUGACUACACACUGUUGAUUUUGAUCAAAUGAAGCUGCCAGCUGGUAUUAAUAGCAACAUUUUUGACAAGCCACAACAAGACAGUUUGUACAGCCGCAGGAGACAUUCAGUGAUUUAAAGUUAGCACAAUAGCCCGCAACAGUGACUGUUACUUUUUGUGUACGAGAGAGAGAGUGCGAGUGAGUUAUUUAAUGACAUUUGAAAGCAUUGGCUCUCUGUUGAUGGGUUUUGUGAUGCCAUUGAUGCCGAGGAUUAUCAGCCAACAGUUUUAUUGUGUUCUGCUUGGUUCCACCGCUGGCCCACAUGUUUUAUUGCUCCUGACAGGAACAUCUGAGAGCUACAGAGAGAUUUGAAGCCUCUCGAUCCUGGAAGCGGAAUGUGUUUUGAUCACGCUUUAGUGAUCCCCGGGACUUUUACGAGGUCCACUGUGUGCUGAUGUGGAGUGAUUGAUGAACACUGAGGCUAGCCUGCUGAGGAGAGACCAGACGGCUGGCGAAAGCUAGGAAGCACAUUCCACCUCCACAUGAUGCAGCCAUGACAGACAUGUUACAUUGUUUAUGAUGCUCUUUAAGUGUACGGCUUUUACCACAAAAGCAAAUGUGAACGUGUGCAUUAUUACUUUAUUGGGUCCACUUCAUCAUGCUACAUUUAUUCUUCUUUGUUUACUUGAAAAUGCUCUGAGAAUUCCACUGAACCUGCUUUAGUUUGUCUUUUUGUUUCCAUGUUGCCUUGUUUUUACAGUCCAUGACACCUUUUGUUUUUUGGUGUGGAGUAUUUUUUGUUCCUAAGAGAAAAUCCUGAACACACUACAUGCAGUGCUGAAAUGUUCCCAUGGCAAAGUUAAAGCUGAAUGAAUUAAUGUGUAUUUGUGUGUGUGUGUGUGUGUGUGUGUGUGUGCAAAGGGACUAAGCUACAGUAUUAAGUGCACAUUAUGAUGAUAAUCAACUGUAAAACAAAAUGCUGUCUGGUUUUAUGUUGCUUUAUUUUCUCUGGCAAUAGUUAUAAAAGACCAUUUGAAACAGC